UAUCAACCCGCAUCUUCCUCCCUCCGUCCAACCUCCGAGUCCGCCGUCAAAAAGGGAACCUCUCCGCUCCAACCGACAACCCCCCCAUUCCCUUCCGCGCCCGCGACCGAGUACCAUUUUCAAUUGCUCUCUCUCCCCUUCGGCGAAUCCCUUCGAGCCGAACACCCCGUCGACGAUAGACCCGCGGCCCCCGAAAUACAGCUUAGAGGGAAAAAAACGCCACAAUGGCCCCCGCCAACAACUUCUUCAAGGCCGCGCGCCCGGCCUUCCGCCAGCAGGUCUUCGCCGGCGCCCAGAUCCGCAACGCCUUCCGCACCUCCCAGUUCCGCUCUCAGUUCCGCGAGAGCUCCAAGAGAUGGCAGAGCUCGACCGCCUCCGAGGCCCAGGUUAGCUGGUUCAAGCGCAUGUGGGACAGCCCCAUCGGCCUCAAGACUGUGCACUUCUGGGCCCCUGUUAUGAAGUGGGCUCUCGUCCUCGCCGGUGUUGCCGACUUCGCCCGUCCCGCCGAGAAGCUGUCCCUUACCCAGAACGGUGCCCUGACGGCUACUGGUAUCAUCUGGACCCGCUGGUGCCUGAUCAUCAAGCCUAAGAACUACCUCCUCGCCGCCGUCAACUUCUUCCUUGGUGCCGUCGGUGUCAUCCAGUGCACCCGUAUCCUCCUGUGGCAAUCGUCUCAGAAGAAGAGCGCUGGCGAGCUCGCCCAGGAGGUCAAGGAGGACGUCAAGGAGGCCGUCUCCUCCUAAGUCUGUGGGAACCCGACGGGGUGUUAGUUAAGACGUUAGUUAAGAUGGAAGGGGUGGAGGGGUUUUCCCUAGGGGAGACGCGCGGUAGGAUCGCACUUAUGUUCCUCCCCCUACCGAGUUUUCGGGGGAGGGUCGAGGGAUACGCCCAGAGAGAACGCGCCGGGCCUCGACACGCGAGGCACGCCUGCGGUCCUUGUACAAUAUAUGCCUCCUGUCGAAUACCACAAGCCAAUUUACCAGCUUUCUAC